GGGAGUGGAGAUGAUCAGGGGUUAGUGCUUGCAGCCUGCUGUAGAACUUUAAUUCCAUCACAUGGGACUUGGUGUACGAGAUAUGUUUCCCACCUCUUCCUGUGGCUAUUGUUUGUGUUGUUAAACCAUAAGUGCAGAAAGAUGGUUUGGAUGGAGUGUUGCAAACUUCCCAACUGAGAGUAAACUUGGAUCUUGAAAGUGCAGCUGCGGUGGUUGAAGAGAGAAAUGAAAUUCCUCACACUGGUGUCACCAAUACACCUCUGACUCAUCUGAAAUCAACAACCCCACACCGGCUGGCCACCAUGAAUGCCUCAGCCAACAACACCCCACUCUGCUACUCCAUCAACAGCCCUCCAUUCAAGUACUUCCCCACCAUCGCCUCUGCCUACUUCUCCUCCAUCUUCACCGCUCUGGGUCUCACCUCCAAUUUGAUCGCCUUUGUAGCUCUCCUCAAGUCCUUCCGGCGGGCACAUAGCCGCUCACGCUCCUUCUUCCUGGUCUUCCUGGGUGGCCUGGUGGUCACUGAUUUCAUGGGUCUCCUGGUCACAGGCUCCAUUGUAAUCUCUUUCCAUGUUACACACUUUAAUUGGAGGCACUUAGAUCCAAACUGCCAUUUCUGCAACUUCAUGGGUAUGUCAAUGGUUUUCUACGGAUUAUGCCCACUGCUGCUUGGUGCCACCAUGGCGGUGGAGCGCUUUAUUGGCAUCAACUGCCCAUUUGCACGCUCCACCAGCAUGCCCAAGUGCCGGACAGUCACCAUGGUGCUCAUGGUGUGGUUGAUCGCUGGUUGUAUAGCUUUGCUGCCCCUAACAGGUGUUGGGAGCUACCACAUGCAGAUGCCUGGCUCCUGGUGUUUUUUCAACAUCAGCUAUGAGGGAUAUAACAUGGUUUUCUCCCUCCUCUUCUCUCUGGUCGGGUUGACGUGCAUCGCUGUGUCAUUUUUGCUGAACACGGUGAGUGUUGUGACCCUGAUCAAGGUGUGCUGCGGAAAGGGUGGGACCCAGCGUCGUCGAGACCACGAGGUAGAGAUGAUGGUUCAGCUUAUCCUCAUCAUGGUCAUCGCUUCAAUCUGCUGGUGCCCCCUCCUGGUCUUUAUUGCGCAAACGGUGCUGUCCGGAGGUCCCCUCCAGAUCAGACACCUGCUGCUAUGGGUACGCUUCGCCACCUGGAACCAGAUCCUCGAUCCCUGGGUAUACAUCCUGUUUCGAAGGGCAGUUCUCAAGAGAAUCUACCCCCGCUUCGACUGGUCUCGGAGCUCCAUCAUGACCAUGUACCCGUCUUUAGGCGAAACCAUCCGAAGGUUCACACGCUCUUCAAUCGGGAGCACCCUGAGCCAAGAAGAAACAGGAGAGACAGAGAAAUCAAACGUAACAACUCAAUCUACACUGAAGCCACCACCUCUUUCUCCGUGAUUGCUUGGAUUUGAUAUGUUGCAUCAGACUGAGUGUUGCAGUAUGUGUUUGACUGUUUCCAAGCUCUGAUGAGUUUCGUGUUAACUGUGACCAGGAUAAGAAGCAGGAUUGCACUGGUAAUCUGGAAGGAUUGAAUCUUGUUAUUUUAUUGCAUACCACUGAAAUGUUUAACAGUAUUAACAAUGACACAUAAAUUUAGGCACGUGAAAGAGAGAGCAGGGUCUGGUUGGACACUUAUGGAUCACACCUGCAACCACUCUACAGUGCACUGCUGUCAGCUAAAACAGAAUUCAAGCUAUCUACAUACACUGCUCUGUCUACAUGUACUGCUCCAUCAAGUGCUUUCAUGAUAUUUGAGUUUUAACAGCUUUUCACAAUGGAUAGGCGCACUUAUGGUCAUUCAGGUGAUAGUUUUAAUAUGACACUUCAUUCUGGCAGGACAUUAUGCUUUUAAGCUCAUUUACACUUUGCUCAGGUGCUCAUGAGUGUCAUAUUAGACCCACAAAGAAUUAUAUUAUUUAUAUAUAUAUAUAUAUAUAACUGUUUUUUAAGGCUCAUGAUAAGUACUGUUCUUUUGUUGUUCCCUUUCUGAAAAUACCUUUAAUUAUUUAAAGAUCUUACCUGUUGAAGAUACAGUAACUGUGCAACAGUAGCAUCACACAAUCCUAUUGUCCAAAUUGUAGAGAUGCUUAAAGGUGAAGAUGCUUUGACUAAAAUAGAAUAUAGCUUAGACUGCCCGAGACUUCCUUUAUAAUCUCCACUCCAAGAGUUUAUACAGUACCUGACAAUGCAUGGAGUUUGUCACUGUUUUGAUGAUGCAUGCUACCUAAACCAAACUUUCAAGACCUUGAAAUGAUCAGUCAUUAACUUUUUUAGAAUCCCUGGAAUGGACCCUCGGGUUCAGUCCUCAUGCAUGUCAUUAAUGGGCACGUUUGGCUGAGGAAUAAAACAAAAAGUUAAAGGAAGUGGAUGCCAAUGAGAAUGUCACUGUUGUAGCAAAUUAAAUUGUGACUAUUUACGCAGACCCAGAAAAUACAACGUUUAUGUGUCAGUGGUAGAACAGUCUUUUCCACUACCAACUUAAGAAAAAUGUAGCAGUAUCCACCUUAUUUUCAAACACGGAAGUAAAUAGUGAUCAACUUCCGUUUUUUUGUGCGUGACUUCCGGUCAGCCGCUUUCCCUCAUGCUUUCCCUUACCGGAGCUAACGG